GGCUAACGACCCUAUGGCGAACGCCUCCGCUAAAAAGAUUGCGGCACAAAAUGAGACAGCUAUCAAGAACAUACAGCUGGGCAUGCUCAUUGCCUCUCUGCUAUCUAUCCUACUCCGACUGCUAUUACGGAGGAAUACAUUGACGCUAUCCUUCCGUACCCUGUUGAGCUCGUCAACAUACCUGAUAACCUUCUUCCUUUCUCGCUUCCUGACAAGGGUGGGGACUCCCCGACGGAGUGCUUCUGGCGAACUGCUGUCACCAGGGGAUGACCUGAAUCAAGCUGGCAUGACGGAAUGGUGCUUCGAUGUUCUUUAUAUUACAUGGGCAUGCCAGGUUGGCAGUGCUGCUUUGGGAGACUGGGUGUGGUGGUUAUACUCCGUCAUUCCGUUAUAUGCUGGGUACAAGGGAUAUAACUUGGUCUCUCCAUUCCUCCUCGGAAGACCGGCGGCGGCCGGCGCGGACGACGUCCCCCCGGUUGGGCCCACAAGUAAACGACAGGAGAAGCUUCGCAAGAGAAACGAACGAGGAGACCCGAGGGUCAAGACUCAACAGAGAAAGUAAUGAUCCGACGUGCCACGCGGAAUACGUAUUAUUUUCACCGGGUAUCAUUGUCCUUAUAUCUACAAUCGUCUAGUACAUCCACUGAGUACUGCUGCUCUAUAACACUAAUUGAGGUUAACCACAGCGAAGACGUUCCAUGCGCCGACAUGUGGAAGCCCUCGAUCGACCAAAGUAUACUUAAGCAUGAGAAGGUCAUUCAACCCUCACGC